CCUAAUUUUACUCAUUUCUUAUCAUUGCAUUUUUACAAACUAAUUUUAUGUUAAGUGGUUCAAUUAGACAUAUGCUGAAUUAUAAUGCUGUAGAAAGUUAUCACUUUUCGAAUGAUUAUAUUGUUACGAAACAUGGGCAAAAGCGGUUCAUUUAAAAUUUUACUGGCUGACUAUGAUUAAAGCGCAAACUUAGAAAUUGUCUUCUUGACUUUUUAGGUGUUGUGAUUGAUUGGUGUUGUGUCAAUCUGGCCUGUGAGAAUUCGUUAUUAGGAGUUUACAAAUUAGUCUAAAACAUUAUACAUUUCGAGGUUCAAGAAUAUAUAAUAUCAAACAUGUGAUCGUUCUGAACGUAUAGGCGCAUAAUUUGUGUAUCUGACAUGGAUUAUAUUAUUAUUUUAAGACAUUGAAUCUGCAUGGUUAUUGUGGGUAGACAAUGAGCGAGCGGGGCGCUCGGCGCGGCGCGGGCGCACCCUUCUACGCGCCUCUACGACGCAAAACUUCUGCGGAGAUCAUCAGCGAAGCCCGGGCGGCGAUAUACGGCGCGGAAAUGAGCAGCCCUUCAAGUAGUGGCGGCGGCGGCGCGGGCGGGCUUCGACCGCUGCGCACGCGCCGACCGUACACGCCGCGCGAGCCGCAACGCACGCUCUUCACCGAGCGCGCGCGCAAGAAGGAACCUAGACCUCCCAGCAGUUUCGACCUCAAGUACCUGAGUUUAGCGGAAAGCGGCGAAGAAUCGCUAGCGGCCAUGGACGCUCGCAUCGCACAUCUGGACGAAGACUCGCUCAACGAAAUGCUGGCUGAAACUCACAACAACAAGAACAAAAAACAUACGGGUCGCAAUCAGGCCAAGCCGCCCAAUGCGGCGGGUGACGUGUGGGGCGGGUUUACCAAGUUGCCGCACCUCAGUGGACGAAGCAAACCGCUACAUCGCCGCAACACCACCGGACAAGUGCAUAUGGAUGAACUGAAGCCAGAAGCAUCGUUAGCGCGCGCGAUCUCCGUGACGCGGCCACUUGGUGACGACGCCAGCAUGAGCAGCGCACUACUUAUUGAAGAUCUCAAUACUAAGACGGAUUCGACAGCGAAACGCAAGCAGUUCUCGACGGCGAAGGCUUCGUCGUGCGACGCUUCGAGCGGCGCCGGCAUGUCGGACGACAUCGGAGUGCGACACCUCGCCGUGCAGCUACCCAACACCACCUCUGACCAUUAUGACUCUAUGACGAUACUGGAGCUGUCGGAGGCCCUCGCGCAGCGCAGCCGCGACCCGCACCGCACGCUGGAGCUGCUGGAUGCGGUGAUCCGGUCCGUGAAGGCGAGCCCGCCGGCCGGCAGUCUGCGCGACAUGCUGCUCAGGGCGCUCUACACCAACGCGGACAGUGAAGACGAGAGGGUCCUCGUUGGAGUCGCGCGAGCUAUGCUUACGUUGCGGAUUACCGGAGCUCACCUUGCGGGAGCUUGUAAGCUCGUGUUCAGAAUAGCCAAGAAUGACAAGAACGAUCACUUCUUCAGGGACACAGACCUACUUGAGUUGUUGGUGGAGGGUUGCGGGCGCGCGGAGCCGGUGUCGGAGAGCGAGUGCUGCGUUUACGGCUGCGCGGCGCUGCGCGUGCUGGCGCUGGAGCCGCGCCUGGCCGCGCGCGCGCACCGCGCCGGCGCCGCGCACCUCGCCGCGCUGCAUCUCAAGAUACUCAACAACGCCAAGGCGGAGGCUCGCCGCGGCUCCCCGGAGCAGAGCACGCACGCGCUGUACCAGGUGACGGGCGCGCUGCGCAGCCUGGCGGGCGCGCUGCCGGCGUGCGCGCGCGAGUUCCUCGCCAGCGGCGCGCUGCCCGAGCUGCUGGCCGCGCUGCAGCUGCACACCGACCGCGACGUGCUCACCAACGUCGCCAGGUGUCUCAGUGUGGUAUCUGGCGAGGCAACGUGUUGUGCGUGGCUGUGCGCGCGCGCAGGCGCAUGCGGCGUGCUGGUACGCGCGUUAGCUGCGUGCGCGCCGCGAGCUCCUCUCGCCGUGCGCCUUGCAUACACACUGGGGAAUAUGGCGGCCGCCGACGAAAGGGCCAGGAACGACAUAUACAACGAGGAAGGCGCGAUAGAUGUGUUCCUAACGAUACUGGAGUCAUACGCCCGACGCAGCGCGCAGGACACGCCCGACACAGACUCCGAACAGUCUGAACCAGAACAGCAUUUAAUAGGUUCAGAUUUAAAUGGAUCAGACGGCUCAUGCGAAGAUGUUCUAAUCAAGACUGUUCGCGUAGUUGCCAACUUAUGUCUGACGGAGCGUGCUGGCCGGGGGUUAGCGGACAUGCACGCGGAGAGAAUCGUCAAAGCCUUGCUAUCUUGUCUAGAGCUGGCUGAGAAAACUGCACUCUUACAAGGAAAUAAGAAGGGUGUGGACCGUUCGAGUGCCAUCGAGCGCAGCGAGGAGUUAGCGACGGCGGCGCUCGCAACUCUUAACAAUAUGACGUUCUACCGCGAGCCUCCGGACCCGCCCGACCCGCUGCAUGUACAUAUAGACAACAUAUGUAAAGCCACAUGUCGCUGGCUGCGCGGGCGCGGGCCGGCGGCGUGCGAGGCGGUGCGCGCGCUCGGCAACGUGUCGCGCGCCACGCGGACCGCGCAGCUCAUCGUGCUGGAAGGUGCACUCGACUGGCUCGAGCCUUUCCUGCAACAUGAGGAGUCGAGCGUCCGGUGCGCGGCGGCGGGCGUGCUGGUGAACGUGUGCGGCGCGGGCGCGGAGGGUACAUUCACUAUAGAUUCUCCGAUAAGGAAAUGUCCUGGGGUUAAAGGCAAGGGCUCACCAGGAUCACUAAAAUUAAGAACGCUAAUCGGUCGCGAAUUCAAGCAGGCUUCCACUUGA